CCGAGACUCUCCAGGACCUCCUCUGCACGCAGGAAGUUCCCUCCGCGGCUGUCAGAUCGAGCACCAUGCCCCUGUCAUCAGAUCCGAGCUAGGCUCCUUGCUGCACGGUGGAGAGGCUCCCUUAAGACAUUUGUCCUUGAAACUGCACCAAACUCUUGGAAGAACCCAGAACGCGCUUCUCUGCAGAAUGUCAAACAAAGACCGACACAUUGAUUCCAGCUGCUCGUCCUUCAUCAAGACGGAACCCUCCAGCCCGGCCUCCCUGACGGACAGCGUCAACCACCACAGCCCCGGCGGCUCGUCGGACGCCAGCGGGAGCUACAGCUCGACCAUGAAUGGCCACCAGAACGGACUCGACUCGCCGCCCCUCUACCCGUCCGCCCCCAUCCUGGGCGGCGGCGGGCCCGUCAGGAAACUCUACGACGACUGCUCCAGCACCAUCGUGGAGGACCCCCAGACCAAGUGCGAGUACAUGCUCAACUCCAUGCCCAAGAGACUGUGUUUGGUGUGCGGCGACAUCGCCUCUGGGUACCACUACGGGGUGGCGUCCUGCGAGGCCUGCAAGGCGUUCUUCAAGAGGACGAUCCAAGGUAACAUAGAGUACAGCUGUCCGGCUACGAAUGAAUGUGAAAUCACAAAGCGUCGACGUAAAUCCUGCCAGGCUUGCCGCUUCAUGAAGUGUUUGAAAGUGGGCAUGCUGAAGGAAGGGGUGCGUCUGGACAGAGUGCGUGGAGGUCGGCAGAAGUACAAGCGCAGAAUAGACGCGGAGAACAGCCCGUACCUGAACCCUCAGCUGGUUCAGCCAGCCAAGAAGCCAUAUAACAAGAUUGUUUCCCAUUUGUUGGUGGCUGAACCGGAGAAGAUCUAUGCCAUGCCCGACCCUACCGUCCCCGACAGUGACAUCAAAGCCCUCACCACACUGUGCGACCUGGCCGACCGAGAGCUGGUGGUCAUCAUCGGAUGGGCGAAGCAUAUUCCAGGCUUCUCCACGCUGUCCCUGGCCGACCAGAUGAGCCUCCUGCAGAGCGCCUGGAUGGAGAUCCUGAUCCUGGGCGUGGUCUACCGCUCUCUCUCCUUCGAGGACGAGCUCGUCUAUGCAGACGACUAUAUCAUGGACGAAGACCAGUCCAAGUUGGCCGGCCUCCUUGACCUAAACAAUGCCAUCCUGCAGCUGGUCAAGAAGUACAAGAGCAUGAAGCUGGAGAAAGAAGAGUUCGUCACCCUCAAAGCAAUAGCCCUCGCGAAUUCAGACUCCAUGCACAUAGAAGACGUGGAGGCCGUCCAGAAGCUCCAGGACGUCCUGCACGAGGCCCUGCAGGACUACGAGGCCGGCCAGCACAUGGAAGACCCGCGCCGGGCCGGCAAGAUGCUGAUGACCCUGCCGCUGCUCAGGCAGACGUCCACCAAGGCCGUGCAGCACUUCUACAGCAUCAAACUGGAAGGCAAGGUGCCCAUGCACAAACUCUUUCUGGAAAUGCUGGAGGCCAAGGUCUGACCCACGUCCUCCCGGGCCGCCCUCUCCUGCUCGCCGGAAAAGGGGAAACCAACCCGAGAAGAGUGAAGUCGAGGAAACUUUAGAGUUUAGUUACCGCCAUCCGAAAUCAGCCGAGACUGCGCCGGUCAUGUAGCAGGAAAGCUAUGAAGCAGCUUCCAGAUGCCUCACCUGUUUUUCUCAUUUCUCUC